AGCCUUGGGGUUCUUUGAGCGAUGACGAGCUUCCCGGCGUAAAAUGUCCUUGCGCAUGUCGCACAUUCCAUUUUCCCGCCAAUAAUGACGCAAUGAGUUCAAUGACAACACCGCACACCGGACCGCCACGACUGUUCCACUACCCACCGCCUGACUGAAUCAGGCCAGAUAUAAAUUUCAAUCCGAUUGGCUAAAAAUAAUCACCAUUGUUAGAUAACAGGGAAUUCCCCACGUGAAUCGUCUAGUCGACUGUUCGAGUCCAAAAUUCAAGGACGUGGGACAACCUGUUGAUUGAGGACCAAUGCCGAUUUUACUCCGGAUUUAAACAGGAAAUCUUAGUACGAUAUCAUCCCGAAGCCACCAUGCCGAAGUAUAAGAACACAAUGAGAAGAAACAGGGGAGGCCCCUACAAGACAAAACCGGCAACGGACCUAACAAAAUGGCGUCUGAGAUGUGUGGAAGGGAGACAGGUUUGGGAGUUCGGGGACAAUGGCCGGCCACAGACUCUACUGGAGCUGCACUCACUCGGAUUGGACACGCAAAGUCUCGCACCGCCUCUCCCCCAGGCAUCGACUGCAAAACAGGCGGCCUACAACGGAAUGGCGUUCUAUUCGAAACUCCAGGCGGAAGACGGCCACUGGGCUGGAGACUAUGGCGGUCCCCUCUUCCUGAUGCCCGGGCUUGUCAUCGUGUGUUACAUCACCAACACGCCAUUCACGCAAGAGCAGAAGCUCGAGAUGAUACGAUACUUGAGAUCAGUUCAGUGCCCGGACGGAGGCUGGGGCCUGCAUAUUGAAGGACCCCCAACGGUGUUCGGAUGUGCUCUCAACUACGUUGUGAUGCGUCUUCUUGGUGUGGGGCCUGAUGAUCCUGACAUGGUCAAAGCCAGGAACCUCCUUCACAAAAUGGGUUCAGCCAAAGCCAUUCCCUCGUGGGGGAAGUUCUGGCUUGCUGUCAUGAACCUUUACAGCUGGGAUGGCAUGAAUAGUCUCUUUCCCGAGAUGUGGGUCUUCCCAAAGUGGAUUCCAAUCCACCCGUCCAAGUUGUGGUGUCACUGCCGCCAGGUGUACCUACCAAUGGGCUAUUGUUAUGGUGCUAGGCUGGCUGCCAAGGAAGAUGACAUGGUCAGAUCUCUGAGGAAGGAACUAUAUACAGAAGACUAUAACAAUAUAGAUUGGGUUGGAGCAAGGAACAACGUAUCAGAAGCUGACCUCUACUCGCCCCACAGCUGGCUUCUGGACGCUGCCUAUAAGGUACUUAAUGUGUACGAGGCUUGUCAUAGCAGUUGGUUCCGACAGAAAGCACUGAAAGAAUGUUACGAACACAUCUGUGCCGAUGAUGAGUUCACCAAAUGUAUCAGUAUUGGACCAAUUUCUAAGGUCAUUCAAAUGCUUGUCCGGUGGUUCGUUGAUGGUCCAGAAUGCCCAGCAUUCAAGCUCCACCAAGAGAGAGUUCAGGAUUACCUCUGGAUUGGUCUUGACGGAAUGAAAAUGACCGGUACGAAUGGUUCCCAGUUGUGGGACACCGCAUUCGUCGUCCAGGCAUUUAUCGAAGCAGAAGGCCACCGCCACCGCGAGUUUCAACAGACCAUGGACAUGGCACACAAGUUUCUCCAGAUCACACAGAUACAGGACAAUCCACCGGAUUAUCAGAAGUAUUAUCGGCAAAUGAAUAAGGGCGCCUUUCCCUUCAGCACCCGUGACUGUGGUUGGAUUGUUUCGGACUGUACCGCCGAGGGCCUCAAGUCCGUCCAGUACCUCCAGGAAAGAUGUGUCUUUCUCAAGCAGACGAUACCAAGGGAGAAGCUCUACCAGGCCGUCGAUGUGCUGCUGGACAUGAGGAACAGUGACGGUGGUUAUGCAACUUAUGAAGAUAAAAGAGGCGGCGUCCUGCUUGAACUUCUAAAUCCGUCGGAGGUAUUUGGUGAUAUCAUGAUCGACUACACGUAUGUUGAGUGUACAUCAGCCGCCAUGCAGGCCCUGAAGCACUUCACAGACAGCCAUCCAGAGUACCGUGCUCCGGAGAUCAAGAAAACCCUGACUGACGGUCUUGAGUACAUCAGAGGGAAGUUGAGGCCUGAUGGGUCGUGGGAAGGAUCCUGGGCGGUGUGUUUCACGUAUGGCGCUUGGUUUGGGUUGGAGGCGUAUGCCUGUAUGGGAUACAGGUACGACCUUGGGACGGAGACCAAAGAAAUCAAAGCAGCCAUCGACUUCUUGCUGUUCAAGCGAAUGAGCAACGGAUGCUGGGGAGAGAACUUCGAGUCUUGCGAGGAAAGGCAAUACGUCCAAUCUGACUAUCCACAGGUCAUCAACACUUGUUGGGCCUUGAUGGCUAUGAUGGCUGUAAGGUACCCGGAUGUCAGCGCCCUAGAGCAGGGUAUCAAAUUCAUCAUCAGCAGACAACAGGACAACGGAGAUUGGCCUCAGGAGAACAUCAGCGGGGUCUUCAACAAAUCGUGUGCCAUAAGCUACACCAGUUACAGGAAUGUGUUCCCUAUUUGGACUUUAGGGAGGUUCUUUCGCUUGUACCCGGAUUCAAAGCUUGCUCAGUGAACACCAGUAGUAGAAAUGUGUUCCCUUGGACUUUUGCUUGUACCUGGAUUCAAUAAACACUAUAGUCAUCAUAGAUAUGUGUUCCUAUUCCGGAUUUAGUGGACACCAGUUAUAGAAUUGUGUUCCCUGGAGUUGGAGAGGUUCUUUUGAUUAUACUCGGAUUCAAAGCUCCCUCAGAGAGUUUGUUCACAUUGGACGUGAGAUAUUUCACUUGAACCCAAAUCAGGUCUGGUUUCUUUUUGUUUGCUUCGGAUAUCUUGGCUUUCAUCUUGUCUACUGUGGGCUAAAUGUAAUAUAUCGGAUGGACCUAAAAAAGCUGAACUGCGUGAACUGUUGAAUAUCUCGAAGAGAUUUAGGAAUACAGGGAAGUUAACUCCAUCCAGCCCCAUGUUCAAAUGUGAAAGGAUAAUAGACAAACGAGAUAACAGAGAUGUGUUUUAUAUACAUAUAUAUUAACAAUUCAUAUCACUGUAGUAAAGUUCUGUUUCCUUGUGUGCCUCAAGCAAGUUAUUGAAAUAAAAGUUG